GGCGCCAGUGCCUGGGAAAUUGGGAAGGGGUGGGGUACUGUGGACACAGCCUUCCGUCCCCAGGGUUCUGCCCCAGGGACUCCACCCUCUUGGCAAGAAAGGUCAAGGCAGCUCUGAGACCUUCCCUGUGUCCACUCUGUAACCUCAAGGCGGUGCUUCCUCUCACAGGAAAUCCUCAUCCCCCCGCCAACCAGGCCAGCAGAACGGGACGGCCGCCUCUCGCUGUGUCCCCACCCGGCAUCCCAACACGCACACACAAAACGGUGGCUGCCGCCCGGUGCUGCAAGGUCCGGUUCUCAGCAGACUGAAUCCUCUACAUUCCACCGAGGCCGGGCAGGGCAGCGGGCUGGGGGGAGGGGCUGGGCACUGAACAGGCUGCCUUUGUCCAGCUUUGUCUGAGCAGAAGGCUCUGCCAUUGUCACCCAGAACAACUGGAACGAGGGCGGCCUUGUCUGGUCUCUUCACCCCGUGAGAGUGGGGUGGGGCGGGGGUGCGGGUGACACUCCCCCAGCCACCAGCUGACCCUGCAGAGCCCUGUCCCAGUGCGGCUGGGGCCCAGCCCUUGGUCAGCCCUGUCCCGUCCUCUCUCCCUUCCCCCCAGGGAAGUCAGCACUCAGGAGACUUGGCUCAGCUCAAGGGGGCUUUCUUGGGUGAGGGUGGGGUGCCCAGACAGCAGGUCCUGCUGGGACUAUGCCCAGACAGCGUCCUCGCUUAGGAGGGUCUGGCUGUCCAGUCUCUGAGCCCAGUCCACACGCGCUCCAAGACCCUCCCCCUCUCCAGCAGGAGGGCCGCGUGGGAACCGCGGAGAGAUGGGGCCGCGGUGCGUUCUGCCCUCUGCCUGAUCUGGGAAAGUGGCCGGAGGUGGGGCCGAUGGCGCGUUCCCCAAUCCUGUCCCUAGAGCUGCAGUCCCUUGGGACACUCCCUCCCAAACCUGGAACCACCCCUCUCCCAACGAGGAGGCGGGCAGGAGUGCGGAUGGGAGGAGGAGGGCCCAGGAGCUCAGUGGCUACGGCCUGGGCUGCGGGCUGCCUUCCCUGGGGAUGGGGGCUCGCCUGGGCCCACCUGGGCGCUGGCACCUGGGCACUGCCCAGGACUUACUUCCAGCUGCUACCUGGCGCCCUGGCACCCUACUCCAGGCUGGGGCAGGUCGGCCCUGCCUGGAGUAAGGGAGCGGGUUGCAGAGGGUCUCCUCCCGGCGCUUGUUCCCUUGUCCCCAGGGCCAAGACCUUGAGGCUCGCCCAGCAGGCGCCCCGCAGCCCCCGCCCCCCAGCAGAGAUGCUGCGGCAGUGGUCGGUGCAGUCCGGGCAGGCCCCGGGGGAGCCGGGGGAGCCGGCGGGCGAGGAGCUGUGGGAGUCGGAGAUGGAGCGGCUGUGCUCCUCCCAGGCGCCCGUGCGCACGCUGCCCUACGCCAUGGUGGACAGGCGCUUCCUCCGGCAGCUGCGGGAGCCCGAGGGGGUGAAGACCCCAUACUGGCGGCGGUGGCGGCGAAGGGGGCGGACUGCAAAACGGAGCCUGGAGGAGACGGCGCAGCAGCUAGCCCAGGGCUUUGGGCUCUGGGAGGGGGCGCUCUACGAGAUCGGGGGCCUCUUCGGCACUGGGAUCCAGUCCUACUUCACCUUCCUUCGCUUCCUGUUACUGCUCAACCUGCUGACCCUGCUUCUGACCUCCGGCUCCGUCCUGCUGCCCCUGGUCUGGCUCCGGCCCCCUGACCCAGGCCCUGCCCUUAACUUCACCCUCUGGUGCCCUGGUGGCACCCAGCCCCAGACUGGUGUUCCCAGUUUCCACAACCAACUUUGGAAUGUCUUAACUGGCAGGGCCUUCAGCAACACCUACCUCUUUUACGGAGCGUACCGGGCCGGGCCGGAGGACGGCUCGGCAUACAGCAUCCGCCUGGCCUACCUCCUGAGCCCGCUGGCCUGCCUGCUCCUCUGCUUCUGUGGGACUCUGCAGCGGAUGGUGAAGGGGCUGCCCCAGAAGCUGUUCCUGGGCCAGCACUACAGGACGCCUCUCAGUGCCAAGGUCUUCUCCUCCUGGGACUUCUGUAUCCAGGGGAAAGAAGCGAGCAGCAUCAAAAAGCACGAGAUCAGCAAUGAGUUCAAGGUGGAGCUGGAGGAGGGGCGUCGCUUCCUGCAGGUGCAGCAGCAGACCCGGGCCCAGAGAGCGUGCCAUCUGCUCACCUACCUGCGGGUCAACUUCCUCAUUGGGGUCCUGGUGGUUGCGGCCAUCAGCGCCAUCUUCUGGGCCACCAAGUACUCACAGGACAACAAGGAGGAGGCCCUGUUCGUGCUGCUCCAGUACCUGCCCCCCGGAGUCAUCUCUCUGGUCAACUUUCUGGGUCCUCUGCUGUUCACGUUCCUGGUCCAGCUGGAGAACUACUCUCCCAACACUGAAGUCAACCUCACCCUUAUGUGGUGCGUGGUGCUGAAGCUGGCCAGCCUGGGGAUGUUCUCCUUCUCGCUGGGCCAGACCAUACUGUGCAUCGGCAGAAACAACACCAGCUGUGAGCCCUACGGCUACAACGCCUGUGACUACCAGUGCUGGGAGAACGCAGUCGGGGAGGAGCUGUACCGGCUGAGCAUCUUCAACUUCCUGCUCACCGUGGCCUUCGCCUUCUUCGUCAGCCUGCCUAGGAAGCUGCUGGUGGAGCGAUUCUCAGGCCGGUUCUGGGCCUGGUUGGACCGGGAGGAGUUCCUGGUGCCCAAGAACGUGCUGGACAUAGUGGCGGGGCAGACGAUCACCUGGAUGGGUCUCUUCUACUGCCCCCUGCUGCCCCUGCUCAACAGCAUCUUCAUCUUCCUCACCUUCUACAUCAAGAAGUACACUCUCCUCAAGAACUCCAAGGUGUCCCCCAGACGAUUCCGUGCCUCCAGCUCCACCUUCUUCUUCCAGCUGGUGCUCAUCCUGGGCCUGCUUCUGGCCACCGUGCCUCUGGGCUACGUGGUCAGCAGCAUCCACUCCUCCUGGGACUGUGGCCUCUUCGCCAACUACUCAGCCCCCUGGCAGGUGGUCCCAGAGCUGGUGGCCCUCCGGCUGCCACCCUCUGGCCAGCGCGCCCUCCACUACCUGGGCUCCCGUGCCUUCAGCUUUCCCCUCCUCAUCCUGCUCAGCCUCGUCCUGACCGUGUGCGUCUCGCAGUCCCAGGCCAACGCGAGGGCCAUCCAGGGACUCCGGAAGCAGCUGGUGUGGCCGCUCGCUCUGCUGCAGCAAGUCCAGGAGAAGUGGCACCUGGUGGAACACCUGUCGCGGCUGCUGCCAGAGUCGCCUCACGCUCUUUCUCCGCGCCCGCGAUCCUUCUGCCCGGGAUCCCCGUGCCCGGGCUCCCCGGCCUCCCGGCCCCCCAGGCCGGGGCGCCCCCUCGCGGAUCCCACCUGUAGAUUCCGCUUCCCCAGCGGUGCGGAUCAGUAGCACCGACUCCGCCUCUGCCCAGGGCGGCCCCCACGCUCCUGCGCCCUGGUGACCCCCGCUACUCUCAGUGGGCGCCCCAAAGCGGGGUUCACACACCCAAGGGCAGCAGGAAGAAAAGGUGGGAACUUGUGUUUACACUUUUAUCUCAUUCCUUGAAAAUUUGUUUCUGUUGAAUGUUUUAUAAUGUAUAUAAUUUAUUAGUAUAGUAACCCCUGAAUACAGUUUAUAAAUAUAUAUCCA